AUGAACGGUUUGGCAGAGACCUCUGUGAAAUGUGUCCUGGUUGGAGACUGCGGAGUGGGUAAAACAGCACUCCUUGUACGCUUCACUUCGGAAACAUUCCCAGAGAGCUACAGACCCACUGUCUAUGAAAACACCGGCGUUGAUGUAUUUAUGGAUGGCAUCCAGAUCAGCUUGGGAUUGUGGGAUACGGCAGGGCACGACACCUUCCGCCAAAUCCGGCCCAUGUCUUAUCAGCAGGCGGAUGUGGUUUUGCUGUGUUAUUCCGUAGCAAAUCCUAACUCGUUGCAUAAUCUCCGGCACAAAUGGAUCGCUGAGGUGAGGGAAUAUCUUCCGAAAAUACCUGUUCUGGUUGUUGCCACACAGACAGACCAUCGUGAGAUGGGGCCGUAUCGUGCUAACUGCACCACAGCCUCGGCGGGCAAACAGGUGGCACAGGAGAUCCGUGCCAAGGGAUACCUGGAAUGCUCGGCACUCAACAGCCGUGGCGUGCAACAGGUUUUCGAGUGUGCCGUCCGAACGGCCGUUAAUCGGACACGAAGACGGACACGGCGGAGACUGCUGGAUCUUAACCCCUGCAAAGUUUCCUGAGGGCGGUGAAACGGGGAUACUAUUUAAUCGUAACCUACACAUAUGGGUUCGAAACCUCAGUUUUGUCUUCACUAAGAUCAUUCUAAAAGAUUUUCCUCUAUUCUAUCUAAUACAACUAAAUGAGGCCUCAACGGAGACCUCGUCUUACUACUGUAUUGGAAAGACUAUUUGAUGCAAUUCAUAGAACGACGCAUGAUGUCUGCAUUGCCAUGACAGAUUCUGUGGCAUCCUACACUGAAUCUAAAAAUGUGUUUCAUUUGGUAAUAUCUCAAUUAACUAGUUUGAUAUCACUGAAUCAACCUGAAUACAUUAAUGCAACUAAAUUAAUUUGAAUGAUUAGAUAAGGUAGGAAUAGUUCAUUAAGGAAACAAUUGCAGAUUACCACUUUUUACAGUGUACAAGAACUGCACAGGCCCAAAAAUAUGCAAAAUGAUUAAGAUGACCGGCUGAAGCAAAGCAUAGCGCACAGGAGAAAUGUGAUUUCCCAGACUAACACAUGGAACAAACACUGGGCCAAAUAUUAUUAUUAACAAGAACAAGUGACGGACGAAUUUGCUCCAAAAUAUUGUAGAGGGUUUGACGUCAAUAACCAAAAAAUAGAAGCUUUUUCUCCUUCAUUUUCAAAAUUGAUUGGUCUAUUUAUUUUGCUAUAUUAAAUAUACAUUAUUGUACUGUUAGUUGCAUUUUAUUACCAACAUUCAGGUUAUUUUUUCCUGCUGUUUGCAACCAUUUUUGGGUCGCAACCCACCAGUUGAGAACCGCUGUUUCGACUGUUCACUUUAAAAUGAAUAGGUCAUUUAGUUAUUAUUAAGCUGUGUCAUUGUUAAUUUUAUUAGUUUAAAACUAUUUAACAUUUACCAGGAUUUGCAUCUGUUACAUCCGUUGACUUAAAUUCUUUUGCAGAACAGAACGGGUAUUUAAAAAAACAAUUUUGUUUGUGAACAGCCCCUCAUUGGGCUCUUAAAACCUUCUCUCCCAGUAUCUACUGCAGAACUGUGAUGAAUUAUGAUGGAUGCAUUCACAUUAGCUCAUAAUGUCACGAUCACAUGCUGUGAUGAGCAACAUCUCAGUUUUUGGGAAUAAAUCACUUCCAUUAUGUAUCUUUGAUUUGACGACAAUGCUUUUAACUGUACCUGAUGCACUGUUUAGGGGGGUUAGGAAUAGCUGCAAUAAAGUGUUCAGUCCUGACGUUCUUUUUUCUUUCUUUUCUUUUUAUAGCCUUUAGGGGUUCACUUGAAUAAGUAAAUGUUUAAUAAGCAAAUUUAGUUUGGUCCAUGUUGUGCGUGUGUGUGUGUGUGGGCAUGUUUAUGUGGUAUAUGAGGACAAUAUUUUAGGUUAUAAACUGGUCAUUACAAGGGUAUUAUGCUAUAAAUGUGGUUUAUAAGGACAUUUCUAGUGUCCACAUAAUUUGAAUAGCUUAAAAACAUAUUAAACAAUGUUUUAUUGA